AUGGAGCUCAUACGUGAACACAUCAACGAGCUGAAUCUGUUUGGGCUGGUUCCAGAAGAUGUUGAAGUCCUGCUCACCCACUGCCUACAAAACAACUUCUUUCGAUUCAAUGAAAACUUCUACAAACAAUCUGAUGGGAUAGCCAUGGGAUCCAGGAUUGCGCCAUCUCUGGCCAUAGUGUUCAUGGGGAAGCUGGAAGCAGAGGCACUGCAGGUGGACAGACCUCAGCCAGACAUGUAUGUUAGGUACAUCGAUGACAUAUGGUGUCUCUGGACGCACGGCAGCGAGGCGCUAACUGAAUAUCUGGCCUUCCUCAACUCGAGACAUCCGGCCAUUCAAUUCACGAUUGAGCGAUCAGACCAGGACGGGACGCUGCCAUACCUGGACACACUGAUAAGCGUGCGACAGGACGGCUCGUACAGCACGGAGCUGUAUUUCAAGCCCAUGGCGGCACCGAUCAUUCUGCCGUAUGACUCGGCACAUGCCAGGUCUACAAAGAAGGCUGUGCUCACAUCACAGAUCACUAGGGCGAUCCGUCUUGGCUCAGACACAGCGGCAAGAAAAAGAGGGCUCGAGAAGAUACGUCAUCUGUUUGUCAGUAAUGGAUAUCCGAUGAAGAUGAUCAAGGAGUACAGUUGGAGGGAAAUGAAGAAACAUGAAGAGAGAAGCAGAGACAGAGGAAGAGAACGACGGGAACGGCCAGAUCAGCGACAACAGAACAAGAAGAAGCAAGGCACAUAUAUCCGACUGCCCUUCGUUAAUGACAAGGUGGCUGCUCAGGUGAAGAAGGUUGCAAUCAACUCUGGAUUACCAGUGGAGAUAGCAUGGACCACCAACAACACCCUGAAGAAACGACUGGUCAAGACACGACUGAACCCAGCCCCCUGCCCCUCGGGACGAAGGUGCUGUCAUUCAUGCCAGGCGGGGCUACAGUCCAAGUGCACGACCAAAAACGUGGUAUAUGAACUUACCUGCAGUCACUGCGGCGACACCUACAUCGGAGAAACGAGCAGGCCAGUUAGACUCCGCUACAACGAGCAUCGGAGGAACGGCAUUAACAGAGAAGAGGACACUCCCCUAGGAGAGCAUGCGCUGCAUAAGCACCCUGAGAUGGAUCGACGCGACAUCUCGGUGACGGCCAAAAUCCUGCGUGUAUGCAAAGACGAAGCGGAUAGAAGAAUCGCUGAAUCCAUCUUCAUCCGAGACGCCAGGCCCAAAAUUAACGAUAACACUACAUCAUGGCAGCUUCUUCCAAAAUAA